GACCUAUAAAUCCCCCCCCCCUUUCAACUCAAUCGAGGAGGCUCAUCGGGAAACUCAGUUUCUGUUUGCUCUCAAAUAAUUUCAAACUCACAGACGCACAGAGACCGAGGGAGAGAGAGAGAUUGCCUUCUUCGAUCUUUUUUUUUUGAUAAUUGGUACCCCAAAGUGGUGUCUUCUUCGAUCUUCGGUUACCGGAAAACCGUUUUGCUCGGAGUCGUCGGAAUCGGAGUAUAUGGGAAACGACGAUUAUCGCCGGAGCGAGGACUCGGAGGAAUACGAGGUGGAGGAUCUGAGGGAUGGGAUUGUUGCGUCGCGUGGCAGCAGAUUCAACCUCCUCUCCAAUUUCUUGGGGUUAGAUUUCGCCGGAAACGGCCGGAAAACCGUCUUCGAUGGCAUCAGAGACAUCUCCCGAGGCUCCAUCGUCCAUCCCGAUAACCGGUGGUACAAGGCAUGGACGAUGUUCAUACUGGUAUGGGCACUUUACUCUUCUUUCUUCACUCCGUUUGAGUUUGGCUUCUUCAGAGGGUUACCAGAGAACCUCUUUGUUCUGGACAUUGUUGGGCAAGUGGCCUUUCUAGUAGACAUUGUCUUGACAUUCUUCGUGGCCUAUAGAGACAGUCGCACGUAUAGAAUGGUGUAUAGGCGCAGUUCUAUUGCUAUAAGGUACCUGAAAUCGAGUUUUGUCAUUGAUUUACUCGCUUGCAUGCCAUGGGAUAACAUCUACAAAGCUGUAGGUGAAAGAGAAGAAGUGAGAUACCUGUUGUGGAUCAGAUUAUAUCGGGUGAACAAACUCGUCGACUUCUUCCAGCAAAUGGAAAAGGAUAUACGGAUCAAUUAUCUGUUCACUAGGAUUGUCAAACUUAUAUUCGUCGAGCUCUAUUGCACUCACACCGCCGCCUGCAUCUUCUAUUUCUUGGCCACGACUCUGCCUGCUUCUCAAGAAGGGUACACGUGGAUUGGAAGCUUGAAGAUGGGGGAUUAUGGUUAUUCUAGUUUCAGAGAUAUCGAUAUCUGGACACGAUAUACAACUUCCAUGUAUUUUGCAAUCGCCACUAUGGCAACUGUCGGUUAUGGAGAUAUACAUGCUGUGAAUGUGCGGGAAAUGAUAUUCGUGAUGGUCUACAUUUCAUUCGACAUGAUUCUAGGUGCUUAUUUGAUAGGUAACAUGACAGCUUUAAUCGUUAAAGGGUCGAAAACAGAAAGGUUCCGGGAUAAGAUGGCCGAUAUCAUGAAGUACAUGAACAGAAAUAAACUUGGGAGAGGAAUCCGGAAUCAAAUCACUGGCCAUUUCCGCUUGCAGUACGAGAGUAGCUACACUGAGGAAGCUGCUCUUCAGGAUAUACCGAUAUCUAUUCGUGCUAAGAUCGCUCAAACUUUAUACAUGCCAUAUAUCGAAAAGAUCCCCCUCUUCGACGGGUGUUCAUCGGAAUUCAUAAAUCAAAUCGUCAUAAGACUACAUGAAGAGUUUUUCCUCCCGGGAGAGGUUAUAUUGGAGCAAGGGAGCGUUGUGGAUCAAUUAUAUUUCGUUUGUCAUGGUGUACUGGUAAGUUCCUUUGUGAAACAAAAUUUUGUAAACGAAGAGAUAGUUGCACUUUUACAGCCAGAUAGUUCCUUCGGGGAAAUCUCGAUCCUGUGUAACAUUCCUCAACCUUACACAGUUCGGGUUUCUGAACUAUGCCGGCUUCUAAGACUUGAUAAGCAAUCUUUUAUGAAUAUUCUCGAGAUAUAUUUUCACGAUGGACGAAAAAUCCUCAACAAUCUCCUCGAGGGAAAAGAAUCAAACGUCCGGAUUAAGCAACUGGAGUCCGAUAUUACAUAUCACAUCGGCAAGCAAGAGGCAGAACUGGCGUUGAAGGUGAAUAGUGCGGCCUACUAUGGAGAUCUCUACCAGCUUAAAAGUCUGAUCCGAGCCGGGGCUGACCCGAAUAAGACCGAUUAUGAUGGAAGAUCACCUUUGCAUCUCGCUGCCUCUAGAGGAUAUGAAGAUGUUACGCUCUAUCUCAUUCAAGAAGGAGUAGAUGUCAACUUCAAAGAUAAACUGGGAAACACGCCGUUAUUAGAAGCAAUAAAGAACGGGAAUGAUCGAGUGGCAUGUUUACUAGUGAAAGAGGGAGCCUCGUUGGAUAUAGAGAACGCGGGAACGUUCCUUUGCACGGUGGUUGCAAAGGGCGACAGCGAUUUUCUCAGAAGACUUCUGGAGAACGGAAUAGAUCCGAAUUCCAAAGACUACGAUCACAGGACGCCACUCCAUGUCGCUGCUUCCGAAGGAUUGUAUCUUAUGGCGAAGCAGUUGGUCCAGGCCGGUGGUUUUGUUCUUGCAAAGGACAGAUGGGGGAACACUCCUCUGGAUGAAGCCAUGGCUUGUGGGAACAAGAACUUGAUAAAACUACUCGAGGACGCUAAAGCUUGUCAGAUUUCUGCAUUUUCGACCAGCUCCAAAGAACUGAAAGUGAAAGAAAAGGUGCAGAGGAAGAAAUGCACGGUGUAUCCGUACGAUCCAAGGGAGGAAGAGAAGAGAAAGAGAAAGAGGAGAGGGGUGGUGCUGUGGGUGCCGGAAACCAUGGAGGAACUGAUAAAAACGGCGGCGGAGCAACUGGAGAUUUCAGAUUCAGAUUCCUCUGACUUGUUCUUGUUGUCGGAAGAUGAAGGUAAGAUUAGUGAUGUAGAUAUGAUUCACGAUGGUCAGAAACUGUAUUUGAUAUUUUGAACAAACACUAUUAUUAUUAUUAUUAUUCGUUUAAUAAUGGUUUUUACUUCAUAAAAUAAAUAAA